AUGUUUCGUACAAAAGCCCCUAUCUUAUCGAGGGCCGAAGUGAACAACGGCCUAGAGACCAACACAUCUGGGAUUAUCGCGCAGGCAAACACUGCUGUGGAUCAAGAAAGCACGUUGGAUUGGGCGAAAAGGGACAAACGAAGGCUGCUUCAUGUUGUCUACCGCGUAGGGGACUUGGAUAGAACCAUCAAGUGGGCCAUUUGUUUUCUUCAACAUUUCAUUUUUGCUAGGUUCUGUGACUCGGAUGUUUUUUCUUCUUUAAACGAAAGGAUGUGACUUAUUCUGUUUAUUCGUUUCUCUUAUGUUACCAGGUUCUACACAGAAUGCUUGGGGAUGAAGUUGCUGCGAAAACGUGACAUACCUGAGGAAAGAUACACAAAUGCUUUCCUGGGGUAUGGCCCUGAGGACUCACAUUUUGUAAUUGAGCUCACUUACAGUAAGUCAUACCUUCGUUUUCUAUGCGACACUUUCUCCGAAUUCUCCAAGUUUGGCUUCAGUUGGGCAUUUUAUCUGGCAACUUGGCUUGAGCCUGUCUCGCAGGAAACCAAAUUUUAGGUAGCCUGUUUUUUGUAUCAGGCUGGGAAUCCAUAUACUCGAAUGAUUAACUUCUUACUUUAUUUACUGGCAGACUAUGGUGUUGAGAAGUAUGACAUUGGAACUGCCUUUGGUCACUUUGGAAUUGCAGUUGAGGAUGUAAGGUUCUGUUACCUCUCUAUUGUCCUUUCUGUUCUAGUUCGAUGAACUCAUGCCUGCACCAACGCUUGUGAUUGCAAAUACGAACUUUAUCUGAAUUAAAUUUUUACACCAAGUCAUAUACUAAUUUAGAACUUCUUAUAUCAAAGAAUGGUUCAUAAGUCUUCACCUUGUUCUUGAAAAAGAUUAGCUUUCCUCCCCCUGCUAUGGUAACUGUAACCAGUGAAGUUUGGAGGUGCAACUGUCUUAAAUGUGUAACCAAAUAGUACUGGAUGCCUCGUUAGGUUGUCACCAGUGAGCUCCUGUGGUUUGUUGAUUCAAUAUCAUGACUUAUUUGAACUGAGUAGAUCCAUAUUUUGAAGUUGAUUGAAUAAUUUAAUUAUCACCCAUAAGCAAACCAAAAAGUGUCUACUUUUCUUGCAGUUUUUUUUUCAUCAGAAGGAAUAGUUAUUUACUUGAUUUUUAAACAGUAGGUUUCCAAGACAGUGGACCUUAUAAAAGCCAAGGGAGGAAAGGUCACCAGGGAACCUGGCCCUGUCAAAGGUGGCAGCUCCGUGAUUGCUUUUAUUGAGGACCCUGAUGGUUACAAAUUUGAGCUUCUAGAAAGAGGACCUACACCUGAACCUUUAUGCCAAGUAAUGCUUCGGAUCGGAGAUCUUGAUCGUUCCAUAAAUUUCUAUGAAAAGGUAAGUCUAUUUUUCUCUUAGUAACCAUGAAGAUGAUAGAACAUCUUUCAACUGUUGAUUACGAGCUUGCGCUUGAUUUCAGGCCUUUGGUAUGGAGCUUCUUCGGAAGAGAGACAAUCCCGAGUACAAGGUAACUCUCGAUGUGCCAUAUCCAACGAAAAUUCCCCUGCAUAAUGUCUUCUACGUUGCAAAUUAUGCUACAAGAUUUUACCUGAAUGAGUCUUACAUGGUUCCUUUCUUUCUUUCUUUCUUUUAUUGACAAUUAUGUGAAACAUUUUCCAGUAUACCAUAGCCAUGAUGGGUUAUGGUCCGGAAGAUAAAAGUGCCGUUUUGGAGUUGACAUACAACUAUGGGGUCUCAGAAUAUGACAAAGGAAACGGCUAUGCACAGGUGAUUCUAUAUUACACUCCUUAGUUGCGAUGAAAAUGCUAGUGAAAACCUUCCAGUGACUUAUCCUUGUUCUAUUUUCGCAGAGGUUUUUUAUUUUAUUUUUUAAAUGUUUUCGCCAUCUCAUGUUGCUGUUUCUGGUCCGGAUCAUGUCAUUGCUCAACCUAAAUUUUCUCUCUGAAAAUAUUUUAUUCCCAGAUCGCUAUAGGCACAGAUGAUGUUUAUAAAACCGCAGAAGCAAUAAGGACAAAUGGCGGGACGAUCACCCGCGAACCUGGGCCAUUACCUGGCAUCAACACCAAGAUCACCGCCUGCUUGGACCCUGAUGGGUGGAAAUCGGUAGGUCCCUUCGGCCUUUAUAAUCUUGCUCUUCAGGAAGACAUGCUAUAAAUAAGUAAAUAGCCUUACAUUGGAUAGACAGAAAAUAAAAUCUUAUAGACAUGGGCCCCACUCCACUCAAAGUCAACCAUUAUUAGAAAACGGGCUGGAAUAGUCUCAUAUUAGAAAUAUAAAUUAAAAUAAAAUCCCUUGAUCAUGUACAUGCCCACUACUCUAUACCUAGCCAAUGAAUUAGCUUCCAGUUUGACCAAUAUCUAAGCAAGUCCUAACAUUAGGGAAGAAGCCUCUGAACACGACUUAGGCCGAGACCAUGAACAAAACCGUGCGAUUCACGACCUGCAGGUGUUUGUCGACAAUAUCGACUUCGCCAAGGAGCUGGAGUGA